UAUGUAAAGAUACACGUAUAUUUUUUUUUGCGUGCAAAAACCGAUAAUCAUUGAUCUAUUAUCGCAAUUUAACUUAUCGUCCUACGGUUUAUAUUACAUGAUUACGUAAUUGCAAUUGAUCAUUGCUCUUCUACCUCGUGAUAGUUUUAGUUCAUAAAACUACUUCUGUGUCGUCGAAGAGGGGAGUACAAAGCGUAUUACAAAGUAAGACUGAGAGAUUCGAUCGUACAUUAUCUUUGAAAAAUAGAAGCAUCGUUCACUUCGUCGGGAGAAAACAAUGUGCACAGUCGAUUGGAGUAAUGGUUCAAUGUAACGUUACACGCAACUAUGUCGAUGAGUACUGUAAGCCCGUUGUUGAGAAUCGGUCUUCGCGCGAUUGGUAUGUGGCCCGGUUCCUCGUACGGGACGUUUUGGUGGCUUUUUUACAUGACGACUCUCAUAAUAAUGCAGUAUUUUCAAUAUUCAUAUGUCUACGCGCAUCUGGAUUUCGGCAAUCUGACUAAAUUGAUGGAUGGUCUGGGCCUCACUUUGGAUUACACCCUAACGAUCCUGAAGCUGAUCAGCCUCUGGUUUAAUCGCCGGAUAUUCGCAGAUAUUCUGACCGCGAUAGACGACGAUUGGAAAGACCGACCAACCGAUUUGCGUCAGUGUGUAAUGAUGGAUAAAGCUAAUCUGGCGCAUCGUUGUUCCAACGCUAUUGUAUCUGUUAAUGCCGUUGCUACCGUUCUCUACUUCAUCGAUAGCCACGUACGUCGCCAUACAAUUUCCAAGGACGGACAACACCGAGAGUUUCCGAUACAGGUACAGUUUCCGUUCGAGACUCACGAAACACCGAUUUUCGAAUUCGUCGUCCUAGGUUUGUUCUUUCAUGUGUUAGAAACAGCAACCGUGAUUGCGAUACUAAACUCCUUGAUUUUAACGCUGGUACUUCAUGUAAGCGGACAAAUCGAUAUCAUGUGUCAAGAGUUGAAAGAAAUCUCUUCCACAUUGAAAUCUAAGGUAUUUUCCUCCAAGUCGCUCAUUGAGAGACAUCAAAAGAUUAUAUCAUUGUCGAAUAAUAUUGAGAACUAUUUCUCGUUCAUUGCUUUAUUACAAUUUAUAUGGAACAGCUUUGUUAUCUGCUGUUUAGGAUUCAUGGUCAUAAUAUCCUUAGGUAUGAAUAUAGAGAGUAAAUCUGGGAUUUUUAUACAAUUUAUGAUGCCAUAUCUCGCAGUAUCUAUAGAAGCUUUCGUUUUUUGCUUCGCUGGCGAGUAUUUGAGCACUAAAAGUAAAUCCAUUGGCGAUGCAGCAUAUGAGGCAGUUUGGUAUGAUUUAUCUACUAGUGAAUGCCGAAUUUUAUUAUUCCUGAUCCUGAGAUCGCAAAAACGUUUGACGAUAACAGCUGGAAAAGUUAUGGACUUAACAUUAGAAAGUUUCACUACUAUCAUGAAAGCUUCGGCUUCGUACAUUUCGGUUUUGCACGCAAUGUACUGGUUCAAUGUAACGUUACGCACAACUAUGCCGACGAGUACUAUAAGUCCGUUGUUGAGAAUGGGUCUCCGUGUGAUCGGUAUGUGGCCCGACUCCUCGUACGGGAUGUUCUGCUGGCUCUUUUAUAUGACGACCCUUUUAAUUGUGCAAUAUUUCCAAUACUCAUAUGUUUACGCGCAUCUGGAGUUCGACAAUCUGAUCAAACUGAUGGACGGUUUGGGCAUUACUCUGGAUUCCACCCUGACGUUUAUGAAAAUGAUCAGUCUUUGGUUUAAUCGCCGGAUAUUUGUGGAUAUUCUGGUCGCGAUGGACAAUGAUUGGAAAGAUGCAACCGAUUUACACAAGUGCGUGAUGAUAAACAAGGCUAAUCUGGCAUAUCGUUGCUCGAAUGCUAUGAUAUUCGUUAACAUUGUCGCUACCGUUCUCUACUUCAUCGAUAGUUACGCACGUAUCCGUAUAUUUUCCAAAGAUGGACAAUACCCAAAGUUUCCGAUACAGAUACAGUUGCCAUUAAAGGCUCACGAAACGCCGGUUUUCGACUUCAUUGUCUUAGGAUUGUUCUUUCAUGUGUUAGAAACGGCGAUUGCGAUCGCGGUAUUAAAUUCCUUGAUCUUAACGCUAGUACUUCAUGUAAGCGGACAAAUCGAUAUCAUGUGUCAAGAAUUGAAAGAAAUUCCUUCUAUAUUCAAAUCUAAGAAGUUUUCCACCAAAUCACUCAUUGAGAGACAUCAGAAGAUUAUAUCAUUAUCGAAUAAUAUCGAGAAUUAUUUUUCGCUCAUUGCUUUGUUACAAUUCGUAUGGAAUAGUUUUGUUAGCUGCUGUUUAGGAUUUAUGAUUGUAAUAUCCUUUGAUAUGAAUAUGGAGAAUAAAUCUGGAGUUUUUACACAAUUUAUCAUACCAUAUCUUGCAGUAAGUGCAGAAGCUUUCAUCUUUUGCUUCGCUGGCGAGUAUUUAAGCACUAAGAGUAGAUCUAUCAGUGAUGCGGCAUAUGAGACAGUUUGGUAUGAUUUAUCUAUUAGCGAGUGUCGAAUUUUAUUAUUCCUGAUUCUGAGAUCGCAAAAACGAUUGCCAAUCACGGCUGGAAAAGUUAUGGAUCUAACAUUGGAAAGUUAUACUACUGUCAUGAAAGCUUCGGCUUCAUAUAUUUCGGUUUUGCACGCCAUGUACUGAAACUUGUAUCAAAAUGUAUGCUGGACAUAUAUACCUAUGUAUGUUGUCGAAUUAUUGCGAGUAAGUAUGUAUAUUUGUAGAAAGAGAAA